CACAUCCACCCGGACACGAGCAAUAACCCCCAACCCCCACCCUCCACCGAACAGAGUUCACAUUUAGGGGUGACUAUCUCCCUCAUUUCAGCCGGAUAAACCGGUGUUUUUUUCACAGAUCCAAAAGGAGGGUACUCUUUCAGAGACUGGGUAUUUCCUUCUUUUUCUCUGACUGGCUUCCUAUUCCGUAAAUUUCUUCAAGACGGAAAAAGCACCUGUGUACUGUUGUUUUUCUCGGGAUGGACUAAAGCCCCCUGAUGGCAAGCCCUUCUUCUUUUUCUAAUCAUUUUUUAAUGAGGAAGUUGGGGCGUGUUCUUCGUGGGGAAGAUUUGGAUUUCGGGAUGCAAGUCGUGUUCUUGUGAACUUUCUUUCAUUUCUGGAAUUCUGGCCCUAGAGAAAGCUAGCAUUCAAGAAUGGAGGAUGAGAGCAACUAUAGGAACUGGGCUGAGUUAAUACCAGACGCCCUUGGGUUGAUUUUCAAUAACCUGUCCAUUCAGGAUGUGCUUACUGUUGUUCCAAGGGUUUGCAAAUCAUGGGAACGAGCCGUGGUGGGGCCCUACUGUUGGCAGGAGAUAGACAUUGAGGAAUGGAGCAGGAACAUGCAGGCUGAGUAUGUUGAUCGGAUGCUUCAACUGCUGAUCACAAGGUCCCAGGGCUCACUCCGUAAGCUCAUCGUUACUGGUGUAUCUAAUAAAGAUACGUUUUCUUUCAUUGCUAACAAUGCCAAAUCUUUGCAGACUUUGGGGUUGCCAAGAAGUGAUAUGGAUGAUGUUGCAGUGGAAGAGUUCGCUGAAAUGUUCAGUAACGUAACUGUCUUAGACAUCAGCUACUGCAACUACAUGGGGGACAUAGCUCUUGACGCGUUUGGAAGGCAUUGCAAGAACCUCACCACUUUUCGCAGAGCAAUGCACCCUCUGGAGGCCAUUGAAAAGGUCUGCCAAGAUGAUGAAGCCUUAACGAUUGCUGCCUCCAUGCCAAAGCUCAAACAGCUUGAGAUCCCGUACAUGCUGGUGAGCACAGAGACCAUAGUUGAGAUCAUCGAGAGUUGCAGCCAGCUUGAGCUGUUGGAUGUUAGGGGAUGCUGGGAUGUUUGCCUCGAUGAAGACUUCUUGAAGAAGUUUCCGGGGCUUAAGGUGGUGGGACCCGCUAUCGUGGAUUGCUAUGACAUGAACGGAUGGGACAGCUGCUCUGAUAAUUCAGGGUCUACUGGUUACUUGCCCUGGGACUUUGUUGGUGGUGAUAUAGAUGAUGAUGAUCUAUCUGAUGGGCUGUGGGAAGAUGAACCUGAGGUUGAUGUUGAGAUGUGGUUUUAUGAUGGGAUCAAUUCUAUCAAUGCCGGUUAUGAAUGGCCUCAAUCUCCUUGACUGGGACUUUGCUUGCUUGCCUACCUGCUGGAUAAACAUGGAAUCUUUAUAUAAAAAUAGUAUAAUAAUAUAUAUCCAUAUAAAUUUGUUCUGUCUUUGUUGUAUGUAAUAUGAGUUUUCAUAUUAUAUAUUAUAGAUCAGUGUCUUUUUAUCAACUCUUUUAUUAUCUUCUUCACCUUCUUCCUUCAAGAAAAUCCAAUGAGAAAAGAAAAAAAGCAAAUACCUUGUGUCUGUAAUGUUUAUACUUUGCAAAGUAUGUAAUGAAUAAACAUUAUGUUGUUUCUUCAGUAAUAUUACUGUAUGUUUUUAUAUAGAGUUUUUGGGUUAGAUUUGGAAAGUCAAUCUGGAAAUUUGGGAUAUAGGAAAACAAUAAAGAAUGGAUCUAUCAUGUGUGUGUAGUGUGAUGAUAAUAGGGUAAUAACCUAUGAAUGUGUGAUAUAUUUCCGUUCUAAUUUGAUAGUAUCAUUUCUUUUGGGCACAAGUUUUAAUAAAGUGGUUGAAAAGGUAAAAGUUGUGGUUGAGAUUUGAGUAUAAUAAAGUGAAAGGAUAAGGGACACAUCUUUCUUUCCAAAAAGGG